CAAAAAACUAACAUAUUUUUCUUAUUCUUCUGAAUCUUCCUCUAAGUUUUCAACUUUGUCUUUCACCUGGCAAAGCCAUGGGGUUCCUAAAGGCAAUAAUCAUCAUAGCAAUAACCAUGGCUUUGUCUAUCACAAUCACAUUGAAUACCAUCACACAAAACGAACCGGAAACUGCAUCGAUUCAUCACGACGAUUCUCGAGCACACGAGCAAGAACUAAUUCACCAUGAGAAAAACAAGUUUCUUCCUUCAAAGAGGGUAAGUCGUCUCCUAGCUCAAAACCCUAAUGCACCUAUUCAUUGUCACAAAGACGACGAGAUUUGCGAUCUUUCCGGUGCCAAGAAUGCUACAUGUUGCAACAACAAGUGCAUGGAUUUGGGAUAUGAUAAGCAUAAUUGUGGUGCAUGCAAGAAACAUUGCAAAUAUACUCAAACAUGUUGUAGAGGACAGUGUGUUGAUACAUAUUAUGAUAAGAGGCAUUGUGGAGAGUGCAAUAAUCGUUGUGAAAUUGGUGAGUAUUGUGUCUAUGGAAUGUGCAGUGGUUACGCAUAAGAUAUUAUUUAUUGAGAAUCCAAUAUAGGGUCUUAUAUUAUUAUUAAAAUUAUUAUACGAGGUUUGUGAAUUUAUUAA